AUGGAUCUUGAGAAGGUUCGAAAGUAUCCUUGGGGAGUUGCUGCUUAUGACCUUCUCUACAACUCAAUAACCAAAACUCGUGACAACCUGAAGGAUAAGACUACUAGUUAUGUGUUGGAUGGAUUCUCGUACGCCUUCCAGAUUUGGGCAAUGAAAGUUGUACCAAAGAUUGGGAAGCUUUGUGGAAAAAAACUUGACAAAGGUUUCACGAACGGUCCUAGAUGCAUAAACUGGAUGGGAGCUGGAAAGGUGUCAUAUGAGGAGAUCAUUCGGUUGGAGCAAAUACUGACCCCUGAGGAUGACAUCUAUGCAUAUAUCGACUGGAGAGGAAAUUAUGAUGUAGUCCAAUCUGAUGCUUUUCGCAGAGAUGAUGAUGUGGAGGAUGAUAGAGUCAAGAACCUGAUGGAGUUGAUAAGAACAGGACAUGAUUUUAGUGACCAAAUUUGGGAAAUCGAAGAAGCUCCAGAGGUUUGUUCAGAUCUUCAUGAUGAAGCACCUGUGAAUGAUGAAUCGGCUGUGAUUGAUGAAUCGGCUGUGAAUGAUGAAGCGGCUGGGAGUGAUGAAGACUACCAUACUCCAAAAGGAUCAAAGAACCUAGGCUCUACAUCAAGAAGGGGUAAGAAGAGGCUUCCGGCUCGUGGUAUGGAAAAAAGGAAGCAUAAGAUUCUCUCUACUGGACCUAAGCAAGCGCCUUUUAAUGAAGACAUGAAGGCUUUUAUGGCAAAUGAUUUCAUUCCCGGGAUAGGAACGCAAGGCGUUGAAGGUCUUUCUCGGACCUCAUAUGUGCCCGGCUUUGAUCCAUCUCAGACCAAGAAGGGAGAUGAGUGGUGGACUCCAAGGACUUCAGUCCAAGAUUCAAUAGUUCCACUGCCGUCACAUUGGGAGAAAUGGAAUAAAUGA